AUGCCACGGGCAUUUUUAAUUACUCACCGACGUUACAACGGCACAGAAGGAUUUGAAGAUGUCGGAAGAGAGGUUAGUCUUGCUGCGGCAGCAGGAACACUGAUCCAUCCAAAUAAUGUGAUUUAUCACCGGUCAUUGUCACCACGGUGGACACCAGGUGUCGAGAACCUUCAUGUCUACCGCUCAUCACCCCCAGAAUCGUUGCAUCAUAUAAACUUCCAUCAUAACCUCAAUCACAGAUCUGAAAACGAGCUGAGUCUGCAUGAAAGAACGAGACUAUUUUUUGAAAGGAUUGAAACAGAGCGAGAGAUUCUCCAAGACAAGACCAAGGCUCGGUUGUCUCACUUGGACGAGUCCAAAAAUUUGUCACUGCCAAUUAAUCAAUCUCUGUCGCCGAUUAACUUGCCAGCGAGAAGAAUUUCUUCGGGUCAGUCGGAUACCUCUAAAACGGAUGACAACGAAGAUCACGAGUGUCCGGAUUGUGGUAAAAAAUACUCAACUUCGUCAAAUUUGGCCCGACAUCGACAGACUCAUCGGUCACUGGGUGACAAGAAGGCUCGGAGGUGCCCGCACUGCGACAAAGUUUACGUCAGCAUGCCGGCUUUCAGCAUGCAUGUUAGGACUCAUAAUCAAGGAUGCAAAUUACCUCGACCGGGAUUUGCACUAGAGCCUAUGUCAACAAUAAUCCGACACACCAAAAGCCAGUCCGCCGUUUCUCCUCCGACUCCUUCUGCAAUUCAGGAAGAAAAUCCUGCUAAAAUUGGAGCAAGUGAUAGCGAGUAUUUAUCUCGGAUGGUAAUUCGAACCUCGGUAAUUUCGCAAAAUCCUGAACAUGUUCCCGGUCGUAAUAAAAACGUUCCGUUUGAUUUUUCAGAUCCUACUAGACCGUCUGCGUUUUCGCGACCGGGAAUUACUUUAAAUCUCGCCAUUGCUUAG